CCUGCAUUUCUCCUUUUCACUUCUCCCGUUCAGGUUCACUUUCGAAUCACUUGAACUAGACGAAAAAUGAUUCGGGGGCAAUCUGUAUUUCACCCCUAAUUUCUGAUAAUAAUGUAAAUUACCAAUUUACACAAGUUCCUUUUAGCACAACCGGCUCCUGGAAGCGGAUAUGCUUCCUAACAGCUCAACGGACAGACAUUUUCCGAAACUUCGACUGCUCUAAUGGAAGCCGCAUCAUCACUCUCACUCUCAACAACCCCAUUUUCUCUACUGCCCGUAUCUUCCAGAAGAAAAUUUACUCUGCCUCUUCGACAAAAACCCAGAUUUCGUCAUUCUCCAUUAUGUUGGGCCGCCGCCGCCUCCUCUGUUCCAAUUGCUACCAGGGAGUCUGAAAUAGAACUGGAAAAUCGAAAAUUUGAGCUUCUCAGAGCUGUUACCGACACCCAACGCGGCCUAACAGCUACACCUGAUCAACGCUCUUCGAUUGAGGAAGCCCUGGUGAGUGUUGAAAGUUUUGACGCGGGGAAGCCUAUCGACUUGGGUUUGUUGGACGGCACGUGGCGUUUGCAAUAUACAUCGGCCUCUGAUGUCCUUAUUCUCCUCCAGUCUGCUGCAACUCUUCCCUUCUUUGAGAUUGAUCAAAUUUUUCAAAAAUUUGAAUGCCGGGAUCAAUCUAGACAAGGUGUCGUCCGCAAUGUUGUCAGAUGGAGCAUACCGAGACUGCUGGAGGAGCAAGAAGGUGCAACCCUGCUUGUGUCCGCGAAAUUUUCCGUUGUUUCCAUACGUAACAUCUACCUUGAGUUUGAAGAGAUUGCUAUUCAGAACAUAAACAUCAGUGAAGAGUUACAAGCUCUGCUUGCUCCAGCAAUACUACCACGGUCCUUUUUGAGUCUGCAGAUCCUGCAGUUCAUUAAAUCUUUCAAAGCUCAAGUUCCUGUGAGCAGUUCGCAGAGGCGAUCUGUUGGCGGAUUGUAUUACCUGUCGUACUUGGAUAGGAAUAUGCUUUUGGGUCGCGCAGUUGGAGGCGGUGGAGUAUUCAUUUUCACUAGGGCUCAUACAUUUAUCUGAUACAGAGAGAUGAAUAUUGGACUCAUUCAAUAACACGUUGGAGUAUCCUCACAACAGCGAUUAUUCCCCGUGCAACGAGCAGACAUUAUUUUUUUCAUCUAUGAAGAGCAUGUCUUGGUGUUCUCACAAAAAGCAACGGAAAAUUACAUCAUAUUUGGAGAACAUAUGUAUAUAUAUAUCGCCACCGGACAACCCCAAAAAUGACAUUUGCUGAAUGUCAAACAUAAGAAAUAGCACAAGUGUGACAUACUUCUCAAAGAAAGGAUAUGUAAUAAAGUGAAGAAAGCAGAGUUUCUUUGGUUUUUCUUACA